CAGUUUCAUAAUGUCGUUUAACGAUAAUAAACCAUUUUGGUGUGAGUUUAUUGAACUUUAUAGGGAGCAACGAGCUUUAUGGGACAUAAAAAGUAAAAAUUAUUCCAACAAAAAUAUCAGAAAAGAAGGAUAUUCCGUUCUCGUUGAAAAAUGCAAGGAAGUUAAUCCGGAUUGCGACGAGAAAUUUGUCAAAUCCAAAAUCGAAACCUUGAGGGCAUCGUUCCGAAGAGAGCUGAAAAAGGUUGAAAAAUCAAAGAUUACCGGAAGUGGUCAGGAUGAUGUGUAUGAACCAUCUCUUUGGUAUUUUGAUUUACUGCUUUUCAUAACAGACCAAGAGGUAGUCAGGAAAGGUGUAUCUUCGAUCGGCAAAAGAUCCAGAAGUAUUGCGUCCCUUGAAGAAGAUGAAGAAGGAGUGGACGACGUGGAAGCGGAAACGCAGGACGAAAUAACCAAAGCUCAAGAUGACGCAUCUACAGGGAUACACGCUGAUAUACGCCCAUCACCAUCAAGUACACCAGUAAGUCGCCCAUCAGUAUCAAGUAGGUCUAACCCAGGAUCAACUACUCGAACAAACCGAAAAAAGAUAUCUGAUUUUGAAAAGAAACAAGAACGAUUUUUGGAUACAGCUACGUCUGUCCUAUGUAAUCAGAAUAAGUUCCGGGCUUUUGGAAACAACGUGGGCUUCCAACUGGAAGAUAUGGACCGUCAACAACAAGUAAUUGCAGAAAAGCUUAUAUCUGAUGUUUUGUUCCACGGUAAGUUAGGCAGUUUGAAAGCAUCUGCGGCCAUAUUGACAGAACAACAGCCAACCCAACGGAAUAUACCAUCACUUAACCAUUUUAUGGACACUAAUCAAAACAACAAUCCAUAUCCGUAUAGGCCGGCUGACGCUGAAUAUUUCUUACAAGAUCAAAAUUAUCAACAUCAGACAUUCAGUUUUGACCCAUAUUAUGUGCAAAGCCAAAUCAACCCUACUCAACAUCAGGUACAACGACAACAUCUACAACAACAAGUACAGCAAAAACAUGUACAGCAACAAAAAAUAGAUAUUUCACCUCAAACUGUACGUUGUCCUAAGAAUUUUUCUUUACCAGAACCUGCUCAAAGUCAAACGGCAGCAACUAAACCUACCGCAGGUCAAGCACUAGCGAUUCAAGAAAAAACUGCUCAACAAGAAGUUCGGAAUGAACUCAAACAGUAUUUGAAUCUACCCGGUGUCAGCGAGGACAAUGUAUAA